AACGUAUCAAAUUGCACCGAUUGAAACUUUCUUCAAAAAAAAAAAUAUUCAAUAAAAAAUACAAUUUAUAAACCUUGCACCUUGGUGUAAGAAGUUUUGUUGUGUGCACGGAUACCCGGAUAAAUUAAUAAAAAUAUUAGACCAGAUUUUGAAAACAAUGCCGGCCACUACGGGUCUUCUGUUCAAGCGCUACGUACGCAUCGAAUUGAACCUAUGGCGUCGUACUCUCUUCGAAGCUGUGACCCUGAUUAUCAUGGUAUUAGUUAUACUACUAAAUCCCAUUGCCCAUUCCAAGCGUCUUCUUUACAAUCGCCGAGAGGCCACCAACGAACAGAGUAUCGUCUCCCACAAGCUGGAGGAUAUUAGUAUUCUUACUCAAUUGGCCGAUUCGAAGCGCGAGAAAACCAAAUAUAUCCUGGCCUAUGCACCCAGUGUACCGUUCGCCAGAGAUAUUACCGAAAAGGUGGCGAAAACUUUGGAACUUAAUGCCACCGUUGGCUUUAGCAGCUCCGAUCAAAUGGAGGAUCAGUUCGAUGAACGAACCACAUUGGCCGGAAUUGUCUAUUAUAAUGUAGAGACCGAGGGUACACCCCUAAAGCUAUCCUUGUCGAUACGCUUUCCCAGUGAAUUUCGUACCAUUCUUCCGUUUCUCACCGAGAAUCGUCUCUGGUUGACACGCUGCUCUGGUCGAAUUAAUGAGGGACGGGAUCGAGUUAGCGAUCAGGAUAAGGAACAGGAUAUAUAUAUACGCGAAGGAUUUCUACAGCUACAACAUCAGAUAUUCACAGAAUGGUAUCAUCGGCUACGAAACGAAAUCGAUACCGAUUAUCCAGAACCGAAUGUUGAAGUAUAUAAUAUAUUGCAGAAGGCAGCCGAUGAAACGUGCUCGUCAAUGAAUAUGCACCGUUUGCCAACAUUUCUUUAUAACUUUUUAUACCUAUUACCAUUUUUGAACAUUAUAAGAAAUGUGGCUGCCCAAGUGGAAGAUGGUGUUAUGGUUCAUCAAUGGCACUAUGGAUAUUCCUUUGGGAUUCAAUGGUGUCUCAAGUUUUUGGUUUUAUUUAUUCGAAUGCUUUGCUUUGACCUGAUAUUCAUUGGUAUUGUUGUGACUUUUUGGAUUUUUGGUGGAAGAGAAGGUGAACUUUCAGGUUGGGGUAUGUUAGGAUUUGUAUGCUUUAUGAUCGUCUAUACUGUGGAGUUUAUCAUAACCGGAAUGGUGGUGGCAAAGCUCUUUGCAAAUCCCAUCAAUGCCGUACUUUGUGGCCUGGUGUUGUGGAUAUUUAUGUACGCCGCAUUUUGCAUAAUAUUGGAACGGUAUUGGGACGCCCAUCAGUAUUACGUCUUUUUCGUUCUGGUGGCAUUUUUCAAUUGCCAAAUGCACUUUAGCAUGAACUUGUUCCGACUCUGUAUCGAAUCGCCCGAGGAUGUGAAGACCAUUGACUUUGUUGUCCUCUUCACAGCCGCCGUUAGCUCGGCCUUGAUCUAUCUGUUGAUCCUACUGGCCGCCCAAUGGAGAAUGCCCGGAAAGUUCCUCAGUCGCCGGAUCGUAAACAAUCGUCGCCGGAAACAAUCGAAAAGUGAUAAUGCCAUUCUGUAUUUGGGUCGAGCUCCGAGCUGGCAGAACUUUGAAUACGGCGAUGUGGGUUCUGUGGAAAUGAUGCGACUCCGACAUGUUAGUACUGCCCAUCGGGACUCGGAACGUAAGAUUUUGAAGAACAUUUCGAUGAGAAUUUACAAGGGAGAGGUCUAUGCUAUGCUCGGACACAUUGGAUCCGGAAAACUGACCGUACUCCGGGUGAUGGCGGGCCUGAAGUUUCCACUGAAGGGCUCGGUGACGGUUAUGGGCAAACCCUUUGGUCCCAAGGAGGCGUCCCGCCACAUGGUCGACUUCCGUUUCGAUGAACACGGCCUGAAUAAACAUCUCACAGUCGAGCAGACCAUCGACUAUCAUGUUCGACUGAAGCUACGGCCCUCGGAUAUGGAUCGCUUUCUGAUCGAAAAGCGAAAGUGGCUGGGCAUUUUGGAUCAGCAUGUCGAAAGCCGACGAGCAAGGAUUGGACAAUUGAGUUUCGGAUCUCAGAGAUUGGUGGCUUUGUGCGUAUGCCUGGCCGGUGACACUAAGAUCAUUGUACUGGAGGAGCCCACCCUGGGACUGACCGGACGAGAGGCGCAGAUCUUUUGGUCGAUUGUCAUCAGUGAGAAGGAGAACAGAUCGUUUGUGAUGGGCACCUAUAGUGUGGGGGAGGCGGAACAUAUUGCCGAUCGGAUUGGAAUCCUUAGUAUGGGUGUCCUGGAGGCCAGUGGAACACCAUUCUUUUUGCGAGCUAAAUUCAGCAGCACCGUGGAUUUGGUCAUCAUCAAGAAACCUCAUGUACCGGAUCAGCCCAUUACCGAUUUCAUUAAUCAAUUCCUAACAAACGUGGAGCCUGACAAUGAGAUAGGUGAUACUUUGACCUAUCGAUUGCCCGUCAAGUAUCGUCCAAGAUUGCAGAAACUUUUGAUUCAUUUGGAAAUCGAUCGGAAAAAGUUGGGAAUUGAAAAUGUACGAGUUGUGGGCGCAGAACUGUCCGAUAUUUAUAUGAAAUUGGCAACAUCUUUUCGAUUACAACAGCAAAUUAUACCCGAUGUCACUCAAACAUUUAAAUACCAAGUGGUUUCCAAAAAACACUUGGCCAGACAACGAAUGCGAGCCAUGUUCUAUAAAAAGAUGAUCCACACAGCGCCCAAUGUCUGGCCGAUAAUUAUGAUUAUUACCAGCUUUAUACUAAUCGCCAUUAUAGCCCGAUUAUCGGUUAUGCUAAACGUACCAAAGGAGCGAAUGAAUGAAAUUAAAUUGGCCUAUGAUCAUGAGAAGGAUGAAACUAUUGAUAAUAUUCCCGAUCUCAAUGAAUGUGGUUAUAUUAACAUAAAAUCAGUUAGCCGAAACAAGAAUAAUAUAAAGGAGUCGCUCUCGAAGCUCUUCAACAAGGACUCCCUAGUCUGUGAAAAGGGAAGUUAUCGCAAUGAUUUGAAGAAAAAGGAUGGACUGGCCAGUAUGGGGGCUGUGGAGGCGGAUGGGGAACAGGAUAUAAAUGGUUAUAUAAGUCAGGAUAUUUUCCAUUCGGCUCCAGUGAUGCUAAAUCUAUUGCAUAAUAUUAUAUUGAAACUUUCCUAUCCGGAUAGAAAUGACAUAGUUUCCCUGGUCAAUAACCAUCCAAUGCCCACCCAACUCUCGAUGAAAAUCAAUCUGCUGGACAACAAGAUCGCCCACAUCCAAGCCCCCUUGGUUAUUGGAUGCAUUCUGCCAUUGACUAUAUCCGUAUUCGUAAUCCCCCUGGUCGAGGAGGAGGUCUACAAGCUAAGAUUCCUCCAGCAUAUGGCUGGAUUGGGUCUGAAAAUAUUCUGGGGCAUUAAUUUGUUCUGGGAUUGGUUCACUUUUUUCAUCUAUUCGAUCAUUAUUGUGGUGAUAAUGAGUCUGGUGGGGAUUGGGGGCUUUGGAUUCUAUGAGAAUUCUCUACUCGUAAUGCUGAUGACAUUUUUUGGAUUGGCAGCACUACCGAUCACCUAUCUGGUGGCCAUGUAUGUCAACAAAUCGAUGAUGCGAGCAUUUCUCGUUUCCGUCUUGGUCCAUGGAGGAUCGGGCAUUGUCCUAUAUAUCAUCUACUGGGAUGUGGCCAACAGCAAUGAUAUAUUCUUUUAUGGAGCAUGUCUCUCACCGGGAUUUUCGCUACUGGAUGGCAUUAGUAAUAUAUAUACACAGUCAUUGGAACAGGAACUAUGUCGUUCCAAAUGCGAGGCACAUGCUAGUUGCACUCCUGAGAAUAUGCACGAGGUGGUGCCUCAUUGUCGCUUUGAUACCUACUUUAAAUGGAUGUCUCCGGGAAUACUUCCGGCUAUUUUCUUCAUGACAGUCACUUCCAUUAUUUCCUUGUGUCUUAUAUUUUGGAUUGAAUUACAUCGCCGCGAGAAGAAGUUUCAUUCAUCGAGAGAUCUUCAUAAAAUGCGUACUGCUGCAUAUCCUUUCGAUGAUGGCGAUGUGGCGGAUGUGAAACUAAAAAUUGCCGAAGCUGAUAUGACAAAAUGCAAGCAAUCUGUAUUUUUGGUGGAUCAAGUAGAGGCUCGUGUUCCUCCGACUGGAAAUAGGAUUAAUACAGUAUCAUUUGCUCUAAAUAAAUACAUGAGCAUGGGCGUUUAUGGACCCAGAAAUUGUGGCAAAAGUCAUCUAAUCCGCCAAUUGGUUGGCAAAGAGGGUUUCGCCUUUGGAGAGAUUUACGUCCGUGGUCUGGACUUCAAGUACGAUCUGGAAAGUAUUCACACCUACAUGGGCUAUUGUCCGCAACACGGAGGACUCCUCAAGGAGCUGACACCCAGGGAGCACAUCCGUUUGCUGUGCAUGAUUCGCGGUGUUCCCGACAAGAAGAUCGGUGAGAAAAUGCAUGAUCUAUGCCUCAUGCUGAACAUGACCGGAUGGAUGCAUCGAAAGUGCGGCCUCUUGACGGCCGAAAAGCGCCAAAAGGUGAAAAUAGCCUUGGCUUUGGUGGCCUACAAUAAGAUUUUGGUGUUCGAUGAACCCACCCGGGGAAUGCCUUCGACGACACGUCGUGAAAUCUGGAAUAUCUUGAGAUAUUUGCGUUAUUGCGGCAAGACCAUCAUUUUUGCCACAAACGAUGAACUGGAGUGCAAGGUCCUGGCCGAUUUCAUUAUCCUGUUCAGCGACAGCGAAAUGUUGGCCAUCGGUAGUCUUCAGUACUUGCGAUAUAAGUAUAGUCAUGGUUUCUAUUUGGAAGUACGCCUUAUUCGGGAUGGAGUCACAGUCGCCGAAUCGGAGGAGAAUCUGCGCAAAGAUGUGGAGAAUCUGGCCAAGUUUGUCAACUUUUUGCAUAAUAGAUCGGAGUUGGUUGGCCGCCUUCAUAAUUGGUUCAAAUACUAUAUCCCCGUGGGCCAUAUUGUCUACUCCUUUUUAUAUGGCGCCAUGGAGAAGAACAAGAUCCGGCUGAACGUCUCCGAUUACUGCAUCUACCAGGCGGACAUGAACAAUGUGGUGGCCCAGGUCCAAAUAACCCGGGCGGAGCUCAAGUAUCGCCUCAACCAAUUGGAGGGACAAAUGCUCGAUCAGGCUCCCAAAUAUCGAAAGGGGAAGAAAGGAAAAAAAUUCUAG